AUGGCGGACUUGCCUACACCUCCUAAGAGUCAUAUGUAAUUCUGUAACUGCGUACUUUUUUCAUUUAUUGCGGGAUUUAGUGCGAGAGAAAAAUUUGCGACGACUGUGGCCUGUCUGGCACGCCUCGAAGCAGACGACGAUGUUAAAUCUGACGAUGACGUCUUAAACUCUCUCUGGUGGAGUCUGAUCCAAGGUUAAGCGCGGAGGAAUUAUCAACAAACCUUGGUCAAUUGUUACUUACGCGAAAUCAAGGCAAGGUACGUAGACCAAGGGAUAUAUAACGUUCGACAAAUAUCUUCGACGAACAGUUUGCACUUUAUUGGACAUUCGUCAGAUUGCGUACAGAUCCAUUUCUACGCAGGAUCCUCUGCGACCAGAAUCCAAGGCGUUUCAAGCCAGACACCAAAAACCAAUCCCUGAGAGAGCUUCUUUUGCCGUGUUUGGUGGGAUCGGGUAGUGGCAUAGUUCACUUUGAGUCACUGAAACAGUUACUGCAGACUUGUGUUGCCAACAGUUGCCAAAUUGUCAGAGAGAAAGGGCAGAAAAAGCGUAAUACUCCAACAAAUGGGAAACAAUUGAUUGCGUAUGGGUACCCCUCAAUAGUUUUGACGGUAACCUGUCAAAUAAUCGACGAUGAAGAAUUGCCCGCCUGUAUAUAUUUCUCUAAUUAAAUUUAAUGAAAAAGGUGAACCUACAUUACACAAUAUAAGCACAAUAUAGAUCAAAAAAAUAUUAACGAAGGUAUAAAAUCAAUUAUCCCUUUAUUAAUAUAAAUUAACCAUUUAUUAGUUGAGAAUAUAAAUCAAAUUAGUUAA